CCAAACGGCGAGAGGGGUCCAACGGACGACGGACCCCCCCCCCCCCCCAUACGUUCGAGGCUGGCAAAACACCAAUGCGGGCCAAGGUUAAGCCAAUUUCUAUGAAUUGAGGUGCCGCGCUAGGUCUGCAUUUGCCAGCUAGUGCAGAAGGUCCUCAGUGGGCGGAGCUGCGACCUUGAUUAGCAUCUGCGCUUCCAGCGCCGUGCGGCAAGCCGCAACUGGUACCAUGUCUGCCUCGGCCGUGACCCCACGGUGGGGGGACCGAUCCGAUGCAGUUGGUGACGAACUGCGGCGCGCAUCUCACGCCCCAGCACCUCCAUGUCAGUCCUGGCCGUCGCUGGCAGCCAGGCGGCCGUUGUGUGUUCGAUGGCCUAUCUGACGUGGCCGUUGGCGACAGCUCGGGGCUGCCGCUUCUCCAGGCCCCAGCUGCGGCCAGUGAUGUGUCGAAGCUGGGCGAUGUGGGGGCGGACACGGCGGCGAAGGUUGCGGCAGUGCGGGCCGAGCCCCGGGGUCCUGUCCAGCACCACGUACUUCACGCCGAGCAGCUCUAUGCAAAUCUUAUUUUUAGCCGUGCAUCAGUGAAUGCUACCCCAGAAACUGGUAGGUAGCGCCGUUUCACUGUCAGAAGCUGCCUACCCCUGCUGACACCGACCGGCUGGGGUCUCUGCUCUCCCCGCGCCUGGGACGCGGCCCGGCAGCGCUGCGCCGCCAUGGCCGACCGGCUGACGCAGCUGCAGGACGCCGUCAACGAGCUGGCCGAGCUGUUCUGUAACAGUGUGGGCAUCCUGCAACAGCAGGCGGCGCCCGGCCACUUCCCCGGCUUCGACCGCGCCGGCGGCCGCACGCCGCAGCACGUGCAGCCCGCAGAGGACUACGCCCAGCUGUUCGCCACGCUCAUCGGACGCAAGGCCAAGGACAUUGACACGCUGAUCGACUCGCUACCCAGCGAGGACUCCUCCACUGAGCUGCAGCUGUCGGCACUGGAGCUGCUCGAGCGUGAGAACGAGGCGGCCGGCCAGCGGCUGCGGGAGGUGGUGUCCCGCGGCGAGCAGCUGCUGCAGCGGAUCCAGGAGGCGCUGCACGAUAUCGCGCAGAGCCAGCUGGACACGCAGCUGCUGCUGGCCGGGCAUCGGCCCGAGCCGUGAGAGGACUGCGAGCGCGAGUGCACAACGGUGGGUCCGCGGCGAACGGACGCCAGUGGGAGUGACGGGGUGGGACUUCUUUGACGGCAUCCCUACCGCCCGGACAUGGUCAGCGAGGGGCGGUGCUCACCGCUGGAAGGCGCAAAGUGCAGUGGACGAGGAACUUGCCGUGCGCUGGAAAGACGCUGCUGUGUUGUGUUGAGAGACAUGUUGGAUGUGUGGGGGGGGGGGGGGGUGGGAAUGGGGGUUGUCUAGCGCUCUUUUGUACGUUUGUCCCAUACGUUUUCACAGGAUGAGGUGAGGGCAUAGCUCGGCGACAUCUCACAUUGAAGGUGCACGUCUUUAAACGUAUCGUAAACGCGAAUGAUGUAUGGUGGCAUUUUUAUACGCGAAAGGUACAGCGGUUUGAAGCUUGGCGCUGCCAUUAUCAUUCGUUAUUAUUUUGUUUUGAACUUCUGUGUGGCCAUUUAUAUUCUGGAGAUUACGAACUUCUCUAAUUUCUGCUGAUUCAUUUAUUCUGAAAUUGAAAU